UUAUCCACUGUAAAAGCUUACGACUCUCUGAAAUAUAUUUGAAACGCCAUUUUCCAUGCUGUAAUCUAUAACCAAGCAUAAAACGAAGCGCAAAAGCUGUCUUUAUCUCACGUUCAAUCUUUUUCUUGUACCCACUAUAAAAACACUUCUUAAAACCCUAGCAUAAGCCAAAACUACCCACCAUGGAAGCCGCAGCUCUCUAUUUCCUCAAGCUCUGGAGACCCACCACCACCCACAUAAACAAAGAUCACCUACCACGCCACUCUAGUGGCGGCAACAGUGACACCACCACCGAGAUUGCCACCACUGUGGGCGACACAACGACAACCGAUGAUGAUUGUGAGUUUGAUGAAGAAGAUGACUCGUUCUUUGAAUUGGAACUCACUGCUGUUCCUGAUCUUGACAACAACAACAACAAAGACAGCAUUAAAUUCCCACCACCAACCGUUUCUUUGUCUCCUUCUUGUAAUAACAACAGCUAUAACGGUCAUAUUAAGAAUUUUCAUCUCCCUUCUAAAAGAAAAAUUCUUCCUGUUGAGCUUAAUUCUAAUAAACAGCCUCAACCUCAGUCUCCUAUUUCUUUACUGAAAUCUUCAGCUCCGAGAUUUAGGGUUCUCAUGUUCAAGAAAUCGAAGUCAAUGGCGGCUCAUGAAGCAGAGUUUCUUGAUUCUAGCCCUAAAACUAGUCGUAAAAAACAAGAAAGUAAACUGUUUACCGUUAAAUUCAAGCUUAAAGAAGCUGCUAAUGUUCCUGUUUUCACUAGAGAUUGCAGUUUAAGAAAACAAAUCUCUGAUGAUUCUUUAUCUGAGGAUUCAUCUAAAAGAUUCUCUAAGGAAGUAAUCCAGAAGUAUUUGAAAUUAAUCAAGCCGUUGUAUGUCAAAGUAUCCAAGAAACCAGCUGAAAAGCCAAGAUUUUCGACUGAGUUGUCAUCAGUGGCGUCCCCGGCGUCAUCGCCGGCGACGGUGACAUCUUUUUCACCAAAAAAUGAGAAACAGAGGAGUUUUCCGGCAGGGAUUAGUGCUGUCUGUAAGAAUCUUGGGAAAAGUAAAUCUUCAUCAGCAUCAGCCACCGUAGCUCCGCCGUCUACGGUGUCUAGACGAGACGACUCGCUGCUUCUGCAUAAUGAUGGUAUUCAAAGUGCAAUUCUCCAUUGCAAGAAAUCUUUCAACUCUUCUAGUACCAAAGAUUGUUCACUCUUGUCCCGAUUUGCUAGUGAUUCGUUGAUAUCACCGAGAGUUUCCCACGAAGAUAACGGAAUUAGAAUAUGAAUUCUCGAACCAGAAAAGGCGGGAAAAUUACUUUGUAUGAAAUUGAAAGAAAUAGAAAGGUAAAUGAAAUUGAUUGAAUAGGUGGCUCUGUUUUUUGUUUUAUUGUAAAGAGACAGAAUUAAAGAGAAACAAAAAGAAUCAGGGGAAGAUUUAGUAGCAGAAUCUAGAUUAGUUUGAUGAUGAUCCUUAGCUUAGCCACCAUUGACAUGAUGGUUAAGGACAAAGGGCUUGCCUAAUGUUGUCUGUAAAGUUGAUGGGUCAUAAUGAAAAUAUUGAAACUAUGUCUGAUACA